UCAUUCUGCAAAGAGACUCGCCCCUCGUUACUAAAGCGUUUCUUGCAGGAGACACCUUCAACUUUUUCCUACCGUUUUCUCUUUCUUAUACUGACAGCUAAAUCUCAAAAUGCGUGAGUGUAUUUCCAUACAUGUUGGUCAAGCUGGUGUACAAAUUGGCAAUGCUUGCUGGGAGCUGUACUGCUUGGAGCAUGGUAUCCAGCCUGAUGGACAGAUGCCAUCUGACAAGACCAUUGGUGGAGGAGAUGACUCCUUCAAUACAUUCUUUAGUGAAACUGGUGCAGGGAAACAUGUUCCCCGUGCUGUCUUUGUUGAUUUGGAACCAACUGUUGUAGAUGAGGUUCGUACUGGUACUUACCGCCAACUCUUUCAUCCUGAGCAGCUCAUUACUGGCAAGGAAGAUGCCGCCAACAAUUAUGCUCGUGGGCAUUACACUGUUGGAAAGGAUCUCGUUGAUCUUGUUUUGGAUAGGAUCCGUAAACUUGCUGAUCAGUGUACUGGUCUCCAAGGUUUUCUUCUCUUCCAUUCUUUUGGAGGUGGUACUGGGUCUGGGUUUGCUUCUCUCCUUAUGGAGCGUCUUUCCGUUGAUUAUGGAAAG